CCGCCAUUCUCUCUCCAUAUGCGUGUGUGUGUGUGUGCUGAGGAGAUAUCUGCAAAGAAAGCUCUCUCUCUCUCUCUCUCUCUCUCUCUCUCUCUCAUUGUUUGUGCUGAGGAGACAUCUGCAAAACUUGUGGCCAUGGAGCUGUGGAAGAACCCUGUUCCCUUGGAAAAUAGGGUUUCCAAAUCGGCUCCAUGUUCACCCAUGAAGCCUAUUCUUCAGAGGACUCAUACCUACCCAGAUGCAGCGCAUGUUCUUCAUAAAGUUCCUAUUGGAGAUGGCCCUUAUGUCAGGGCCAAACGUGUUCAGCUCAUAGAGAAGGAUCCUGCAAGGGCAAUUGUCAUGUUUUGGGUUGCCAUCAAUGCAGGGGAUCGAGUUGACAGUGCGCUCAAGGACAUGGCCAUUGUUAUGAAGCAGCAGAACAGGCCUGAAGAGGCAAUUGAAGCGAUAAAAUCACUUCGAAGCAAGUGUUCUGAUCAAGCCCAGGAGUCCCUGGAUAAUAUCCUACUUGAUCUCUAUAAGAGGUGUGGGAGAUUAGAUGAUCAGGUCGCUCUCCUGAAGCACAAAUUGCUUCUUAUCAACCAAGGCAUGGCAUUCAAUGGCAAGCGAACCAAGACAGCCAGAUCUCAUGGAAAAAAGUUUCAGGUCUCUUUAGAACAGGAGGCCACAAGAUUGCUGGGAAAUUUGGGUUGGGCUCUAAUGCAACAGAACAACCAUGUGGAAGCAGAAGCAGCUUAUAGGAAGGCCCUUUCAAUGGAAUUAGAUAACAAUAAGAUGUGUAACCUGGGGAUUUGUCUGAUGAAGCAAGGGAGGAUAGAGGAGGCCAAAGCAACUCUACGAUGUGUUAAGCCUGCUGUUGCAGAUGGCUUGAGAGCAGAUUCUCAUUUAAAAGCCUACGAAAGGGCACAAGAGAUGCUCAAAGACCUCGACAGCCCAUCAAUUAAUAGCCCAGAUACAUUUACUAAGGCCAUUGAGGCCUUUUUGAAUUUUUCCUCUGUAUGGCAACCUCAGCCCUGUUUACCAGCUCCACCACCACCAUUGUUUCCCUCAAACCAGAAGCACGAUGGGUUUCAUGAUGAAAAUUUGGAUCUUAACAUUGGAAGAGGAAAUCGAAGGAAUAAUGGGCUUCUUUCUCCUCCGCUACGGAAACAUGAAGCUUCAUUGAUGAAUAAGAACUCUCUUAAUGUUGAUGCCCCACCAUUUAUUUCAAAGAUGGCAAGGAAUCACCUAGAAAAGAACAAUCUAAAGAGGGCACGAUCUUCAUCUCUCGAGACAGUUGACUAUAUUGAUGCUUUACCAGACUCAAAGGAGUUUGAAGAAGCCAUUCUAGCAGCUGCAAUUGGCUGUGAAGCAAGAGAAUCAGUUAUUUAUCCAAGACAAGUCCACCGAAGGCUGGUUUUGAAUGUGAAGGCCUGAAAUUGUUUAACUUAAUAUAUUAUUUUGUUAUCCCUUUUUUGUUUAAUUUAAACAAGCUAAUGUAGCUGGAGGAUAUGGGCUUUUUCUCCUCUUUCCGGAGUUGAACUAGGCAUGUGGCCUUGUGGCUCUUCUGACCUUCCAAGGAAAGGGUUGUGGAUACCAUUUAUCUCUGUUCUUCUAUAUUAUUUCCUUCUCGUUAUUUAACUUGAAAUCAGGUAGGACUCAAAUCACCUUUCACAUUGAAAGGGGUUCUGGAUUGAUUUGUAUUCUGUAUAACAGGAGGAUCGAUUGUCGUAAAUUGUAACGACCCAAAUGAGAAGAGCCUUCAUUGUUUCAAA